CUCAUUCCAGGACCAGUGAUGUCUGAUACAGUGCUGUAGGUACCUUGGAAACAUGAGAUACUGGGUGUUGGGAAGUAAUAGCUUUUCGACACGACAUACAUCUGGCAGAGAGCAUUGAGCGUUUUUCUUUCUUGACCAAAAACAGCAAUUGUUCUCGAGAUCUAAUUUCAGUGGACAGGAAAAUGAAAAACGAAACCAAGCCUCUGUUGGACAAAAAUGUUCAAGAGAGCAAUGUAUACAACGGCACCAAGAGAGGAACGAAAUCGUGGUUUGGCUUCGGAGUUUUGGCAAUCUCUCUUGUGGGAUUAGGCAUAUUGAUAGGUAUUACGUUGAAUCCUCAGUCAUCUCUAGACACUACCUCUUCUCCGCCACCAACCCCGCCAUCACAAGACGACGAUCCUCCAUCCACCAGUAGAAAUCGGCCGCUAUGCAGAACAUAUGGCGAGAAUGCAAGAUUUGCAGGAAUCCUACAAACAUCCAUGGGAUCUCCUUCGGAGCAAUGGUCUCACAUUCCAUGCUUUGCUCAGCCAAAAAAGACUAGGUUGUGGGCAGGCCAAGAAAGCAGCGCCGACGCAGCGAAUAUCAACGGUUUUGGUGCUCCCGAUGCCAUCUUCAAGGUAAACUUCAGCAAACCCGCAUUUCCUGAUCGACAACCUAUUAUUGGUUUCGGUGCGGCAUUUACAGAGGCUGCUUCACUUAACUAUCAAUCACUAUCUCUUGCCGGGAAAAGGCAAUUGAUGGAACUCUUGUUUGGAGAGACGGGGAUUGGAUACAGUAUAGGUGGGUGCCAUAGCACUUCUAUCGGUUCGUGCAUUUGAGGAACAAUUUGAUGCACUACUGCACAAUAGAACUAACUGCUCUAGGUGCUGUGGUGUGAUGUUUCAUUUUCUUUUCUUGUUCUUUCUAACAAAAAGAUGUUCCUUUGUUACUACAGGAAGAGUUCAUAUGAACUCUUGCGAUUUUUCCGUUGAAUCAUAUAGCUUCGACGAGGUGGACGGUGACUUUGAAUUGGUGCAUUUCGACACCAAUGUGACGCAUGAUGCUGAAAAGGAUGGUAUGAUCGAUAUGAUUCGGCUCGCCAUGACUGUUUUCAAUAAAGCUUGGGGGGACGGAAAUCAGAAAACAAAUGCAGACACGGGGGGAGUUGAGGACGGCGAUUUUAAUGUAUUUGCUUCGCCGUGGUCACCACCUAGUUGGAUGAAACAGCCAUCAUCUAAAAAGGACAUCAAGGCUGGUUUGGAUCAUGCUUCCGGGAUGACCGGCAGUACUACCCCUAGUUGCCUGCGAGAGGGCACGGGAAAAGAUUCUAAGUAUGCAAAAGCGUGGGCGUUGUACUUCUCAAAAUUUAUCUCUGCUUACAAAAACCAUGGAGUUCCCCUCAAAGCAAUAACUGUUCAAAAUGAGCCGGAGUUUCCGGCGCCAUGGGAGGCUUGUGGAUAUACACCCGAGACGGAAGCCGAUUUUGUUGGUUAUCAUUUAGGGCCUCAACUGGAAAGAGAUCACCCAGAUAUACGAAUUUUUAUGUUCGAUCACAAUAAGGUACGAACAUGCUACCGACCGUGACGAGUGGAUUUGUUUCCAUUCUUUAUUGUUGAAGACAUAAAAUCGCCUUGAAUCUAACAAAAAGCACCCUUUUGCCAAUAACCACUACGAAAGGACCACUUGGUCACUUGGGCAAAAACACUUCUUGACAAGAACCAUCCAAGCUCGAAUUAUAUUACCGGGAGUGCAUACCAUUGGUAUGCUGGAGGAAUGGACCGAUUAUUAGAUGGUGCCGUGGGUAGUCCAAACAUGCAUCGUAUGCAAAGUGAACUUAGGAGACUGGAUGUCCCAAAUGACCACCUGGUAUUUAACAGCGAGGCUUGUCAUUGUCCUUAUACAGGAUAUGCGGGUGGCGAUAUCGAUGUUUAUUGGGCCCGAGCGGAACGAUACGCGCAUACCAUCUUGGCAGACUUAGCAGCUGGAAGUAACGGUUGGGUGGAAUGGAAUUUGAUUUUGGAUUCUGUGGGGGGUCCGAACCACUUGCACAACUUAUGUGAUGCAACCAUUUUGGCUGUACCGCAUCGAGCCAUUGACGGAUCAGAUAUCCCCCCUACAAUGGAUUGGGAGACGACUGAUUCCAAAAAGACCUUUGGACCGAACGUCGGCGAUGGAAGAACCCGAGAAGAAUUGAAUGCUUUGGGAUUUCCAGCAAAGUAUUUGGACGUUGGACUAGGUAAGAAGAGUGUCAAAUCUAAACACAAAGUUGUUUCUUGGCGUUUUGUCUUGCAUUCUGAAUACAUCAUUGUACUAAUUGUUAGCGUCCCAAUUUCAGCGGUUCAACCAAUGUAUUAUUACAUGGGUCACAUUUCCCGAUAUGUGAGACCAGGAUCGCGGCCUGUGAUGGGCUUAGUUGAUAAUUCUAGCGAUGGGUUCCGUGCCUUCCGUUUACCUGGAGAAGACGUUGCCGGGGGAGGUGUCAACGAUUUGGCCCGCCAUGGUAUUGAACUUACUGCUUGGCCUUGUGAAGGUUCAACCCGUCAACAAUUUCAUUGGCAACACAAACACCGCCAUAUUCAAGUGUACGGGCACGAUUGGCUCGGAAAUCCAACUCAAUCUUGUGUUUCUGAUAAUGUCGACGAAAGUUUCUUAGGUAUCACGUUGGAAGACUGUGACGGUGAUACAGGCGUAGGACUUUUUGACAUGAUCAAGGACAAGAGCAGUGAUUACAUUAAGUUCAGAUUGGAAGGGGAUCUUGAUCGCUGCCUUGUUCUGAAAAGACUAGAAAAUGAAGGAGGUGCCUAUGGACCACGUGGGGGAGCGCAGGUUACUUUUGGAGAUUGCGACAGUCCUUCCGCCAAUUGGAUCUAUUCUGAAACAAGAAACGAAAUUCUAUCAGAUUAUUUGCCAGAGGGCUCCGUUUGUAUGACAACUGGUUGGCCUUUUCUACAAAUAGGAGCAUUCGAAACUCCAAAUGGAGAAAGUGACAAAACAAUUGUUGUACUCAACGAAUCUCAAGAUUCUGCCAAUUACGUUUUGUAUGAUGGGGAUGAUCUUGUUCUGUCCGGAUCUAUUCCUCCUCAUUCAAUUCAAACUAUCCUUCUAGAUUAAGAAUAUGCAUUUCGCCGACUACUACAAGAAUGCUCCAAGCG